CUUUCCUGGAAAGCGUCGCCCGGCUACGCGGCGAUGGCCUCCCUGUGGCGAGAGAUCCUCCUGGAGACCCUGCUGGGAUAUGUGUCUUGGUCCCUCUACCAUGACCUGGCACCAAUGAUCUACUACUUUCCUCUGCAAACGCUAAAACUCACAGGGCUUGAAGGUUUCGGUGUAGCGUUCCUUUCUCCAGUAUUACUGACUAAUGCUUCCUUCUGGAAAUUGGUUAACAAGAAAUGGAUGCUAGCUCUGUUGCGGAUAAUUACUGUGGGCAGCGUGGCCUCCUUCCAGGCUCCGAAUGCUGCCCUUCGACUGGCUGUCCUUGCCCUUGGCGUGUCUUCCUCUCUGAUAGUGCACGCCGUCACUUGGUGGUCAGGAAGCAGUUUGCAAAGCUUCUUGAAGCCAGAUAGCAACUGCAGUCGAGCCGAGGGAAGGAAGGCUGUCGAGACUGCCACGGGGACAGCUUCUAGACCCAGCUGGCUGGUGGCAGGGGCGGCCUUUGGUAGCCUUGUGUUCCUCACCCACUGGAUUUUUGGAGAGGUGUCCCUUGUGUCCAGAUGGGCCGUGAGUGGGCACCCCAGCCCCGGGCCGGACCCUAACCCCUUUGGAGGUGUCAUUCUGCUGGGCUUGGCGAGUGGAUUGAUGCUCUCAGGUUGUUCGUGGCUUCGUGGGACUAUUAAUAGUUUGGUCUGGUGGGUGACAGGAGCGGCCUCCGCUGCGGGUCUCCUUUACCUGCACAGGUGGGCGGCGGCCGUGUCCGGCUGCGUGCUGGCCAUCUUCACUGCAUCCGUGUGGCCUCAAGCGCUUGGGCAACUUAUCAGUUCGGGGACAAACCCCGGGAAGACCAUGACCACCGCCACGCUAUGUUAUCUUAUGGAAAUAUUUUUCUGUGCCUGGUGCACAGCUUUUAAGUUCGUCCCAGGAGGUGUUUAUGCUCGAGAAAGAUCUGAUGUGCUUUUGGGGACAAUCAUGCUAACUAUUGGGCUGAACAUGCUCUGUGGUCCUAGGAAAAACCUUGACUUUCUUCUUCAAACGAAAAAUAGUCCUAAAGUGCUUUUCAGGAAGAGUGAAAAAUACAUGAAACUUUUUUUGUGGCUGCUGGUUGGUGUAGGGUUGUUGGGAUUAGGACUACGGCAUAAAACCUAUGAGAGGAAAUUGGGCAAAGAGGCACCGGCCACAGUCGUCUCUGCUGCCAUCUGGCCUUUCAGGUUUGGAUAUGACAAUGAAGGAUGGUCCAAUCUAGAAAGAUCAGCCGUCCUGCUCGAGCAAACAGGUGCAGAUUUCAUAACGAUUUUGGAGAGUGAUGCUUCCAAGCCCUAUAUGGGGAACAAUGACUUAACUAUGUGGCUGGGGGAGAGGUUGGGGUUCUAUACAGACUUUGGGCCAAGCACAAGGGACCACACUUGGGGGAUCAUGGCUCUGUCCAGAUACCCGAUCGUGAGGUCGCAGCACCACCUCCUCCCGUCGCCAGAGGGCGAGAUCGCACCGGCCAUAGCGCUGACGGUCAAUGUCUCCCACCAGCUGGUGCAUUUCGUCGUGACACACUUUGGGAAUCACGAAGACGACCUUGACAGGAAACUGCAGGCAAUCGCUGUUUCGAAACUACUGAAAAAUAGCUCUAAUCCGGUGAUAUUUCUGGGCUAUAUCACGUCGGCACCUGGUUCCAGAGAUUAUCUACAGCUCACUAGACAUGGCAAUGUGAAGACAUCCUGCUGGGGCUUAUUUGAUGGGUUGGGUUAUGCAAGAAUCUCCCGCGCUCAACUGAGUGAUUCUGAAAUUCAGAUGGCCAAGUUUAGGAUCCCCGAUGACCCCGUUAAUUAUAGAGACAACCAGAGAGUGGUCAUAGACCAGCGAGAAGUUCCCGAGGAAAUCCAUUUUAAUCCCAGAUUUGGAUCCUACAAAGAAGGACACAAUUAUGAAAAUAACCAUCAUUUUCAUAUGAAUACUCCUAAAUAUUUUUUAUGAAAUAUUUAAAACAAGAAGUUAUGGGCUGAGCAAGUCUUAGGAAAAAAGCAUGUAAAAUCAAAAGAACAGAUUAAUGAAAGCUGGAAAAUACACACAAAGAACCUCAACUUUUAAGAACUUCUAAGCCGUGGGAAAUUCCAUCCAUUUGUAAAAUACGUGUCGCCUAAUAAAGCAUUUUUC